AUGUCAAGAUGGUUUAAUCAUCCUUAUAAACCAUAUGAUAUUCAGUUACAAUUGAUGGAACAGAUUUAUGAUUGUAUUGACAAUGAUUAUAAAAUAGGUAUAUUUGAAAGUCCUACUGGUACUGGUAAAACUUUAAGUUUAAUAUGUUCAACAAUGACUUGGUUAAGAAAACGCAAGAUUGAAGAUGAAGAUGAUUCAGAUGAUGAACCAGAUUGGGUCAAAAAUGAAUAUAAGAAAUUGAUUACAAAUAAACUGAAAAAUUCAUUAAAGGAAUAUGAAGAAUAUUUAAGUAAAAUUGAAAAAGAUCAUGUUAGAAAAGAACAGAAACUAGAAACAAAAAAAGUGAAAAAGCAAGUAGAUGAAGAUGACUUUUUACCUGAAGACUAUGAUGAGAAUUCAAAGAUAACAAAAGAAAUUGAGCAACUACUCAAAAAGAAUGAGGAAGAGGUCUCAUUUGAAGCAAAACCUGUUAAAAUUUUUUAUUCCUCAAGAACUCAUUCACAAUUGAACCAAUUUAGUUCACAGUUAAAACUAACCAAGUUUGACUCCUCAUUUGAUGAUGUGUCUGAGAGAAUAAAGUAUAUCUCACUAGGUUCAAGAAAACAAUUAUGUGUAAAUGAUAAAAUACGACAUAAAAAUGAUUUAGUUUUAAAUGAUUCAUGUAUUGAUUUACAAAAAAACCAAGGUUGUGAAUAUCAUCAAAAAUCAACACCUAUUAAAGAUUUUACAGAUUUCAGUAUUGCUAAAAUUAGAGAUAUUGAAGAAUUGAAUGAAUUAGGUCAAGAGUUGAAAAUCUGUCCAUAUUAUUCAAAUAGGAAAACUGUUGAAUUGGUUGAAAUUGUUUCAUUACCUUAUCAAAUGUUGGUACAAGAUUCCACAAGGAAAAUAAUGAAUUUAGACUUGAAAAACUCAAUAAUUAUAAUAGACGAAGCACAUAAUAUAAUAGACACCAUAAACUCAAUAUAUUCAGUUGGUAUAACUACAGAAUCAUUAAAUAACAUCAUAAAAUCAUUGAAGAUCUAUUUUGGUAAGUUUUCAAAAAGAUUAAACCUGGGUAAUAGAAUUAAUUUACAGAAAUUGAUUAAAUUAUGUACCAUCUUAAUAAACUUUAUAAACAACAGUAAAGUUGUUUCCGGUGAAGAAUUUAAUCCAAAUGAGAUUUUCAAAAGUUCAACUGGUGAUCUAAUCAAUAUUCAUAAAUUAGAUACCUUUUUAACCACCACCAAAAUUGCAUAUAAAAUUGAAUCAUAUAUGGAGUCACAACAUUCGAGUAAUCCAUUAUUAUUCAAUAUUGUCAAGUUUCUUAAAUGUUUAAAUAAUCCAAGUAAUGAAGGUAAAUUCUUUUGGGAUACAAAUAAUGGAGUUAGUUUAAAUUACAUGUUAUUGAAUCCAAGUCACAUUUUUAAACAAUUGAUUGAUGAAGCAAGAUGUGUUUUAUUAUGUGGAGGUACAAUGGAACCAAUGAAUGAUUUUGUAAAUAACUUAUUUCCAGAAGUACCUAGUCAUAAGAUCAAACAAUUUAGUUGUAAUCAUAUAAUACCAGAUGAUAAUUUAAAAGUAUUUCCAAUUGCAAAGUAUAACAAUUUUGAGUUUGAAUUUCUGUAUGAAAAGAGAAACAAUGUACAACAGUUGGAUAGAUUAGGUGAAUUUUUAGUUAAAUUAUCAAAAGUAGUCCCACAUGGUAUGGUUAUAUUCUUUCCAAGUUAUAAUUAUUUAAACUUAGUAAUGAAUCAUUUAAAGAAAUUCCAGUUUAAUAAAAACGUUUUUCAAGAAUCAAAAGAUUGUAAUAUAGAUUCCACACUUUCUGAUUAUUCAUCAACAAUUGCAAAAGGUGAAGGUGCAAUUUUGUUUUCAAUAGUUGGUGGUAAAUUAUCUGAAGGUAUAAAUUUUUCAGAUGAUUUAGCUAGAUGUGUCAUUAUGAUAGGAUUACCAUAUCCAAAUUUAUAUUCUGGUGAAUUAAUUACAAAAAUGAAAUAUAUUGAAACUGAAUCCAUUAGAAGAGGAGCAACUACAAAAGAAAGUAAAGAAAAUUCACGUCAAUACUAUGAAAAUUUAUGUAUGAAAGCUAUUAAUCAAUCAAUUGGUAGAUCAAUUCGUCAUAUAAAUGAUUAUUCAACUAUUUACUUAAUUGAUAAAAGAUAUUCACAAUUGAAAAUUCAAAAUAAAUUGAGCAAAUGGAUUAAAAAUAGAAUUACAAAUCUGAAUAAUGUAUUUGACGAGACAAAUGAGUUUUUUAUAAAUAAAUCUGUGAAGAAAUUGAGAUGA